UGUGGAUAAGCCUGCAGUAGCAUAACAGCUGCAGCUGGAUUGCGUCAAUUCAGUUGUUUGGUUUUAGUUAACUCAGCUGUUUAAAAUAUUUUGAAACUUAUGUCACCAUAGCACACUCGUACAGUGUCACAAAAGAGCAAUUAUUUAGAAAAACUCCCGCAGCCAUCUGAGCUCGCUCGCUAUCCAGCUGGCUAAGUGAGGGAAAGUUAAGACUCGAUGAUAUGGAGAACUACAAGAAAGCACACACUGUAGAGCAGCCCUGCCACUGUCCGUUCCCCGACCUACCCACUGACACCCCUGAAGUUCGGGUGAAAGAUGGCAGCAAAAUCCGCAACCUGAUGAGGUUUGCUUUAAGCCGAUUUGAGGAGAAGGCAGUUUCGGCAGAACACACAAGCAUCCAAGAAGGUUCAACGGCAACUACUAGUUCAGGUGAGAAGCUGUGCCAGCAGAUCGUGUUCACAGGUGUGGGCCCAAGCGUAGCCAAAGCCAUCACGUGCGUGGAGAUCAUGAAACGGCGUAUACACGGAUUGAAUCAGCAUACCAAGCUGGCCUACCGCACUGUCCAGGAAGUCUGGGAGCCUCUGGAGCCUGAGGCAGGGUUGGACAGUCUCACCGUCAACAGAAAUGUGCCAUGUUUAUGGGUACUGCUCUCCAGAGACUCCCUUGACAAGAACCAGCCAGGCUACCAAGCACCAGGUUCAUUUGAUGCCUUGUGGGCACAGGAUAUUAAAGAGGAAGCUGCAGGCCAAAAACAUGGACAUAGGAGGAAGAGAGAAGGUACAGGAGCUGGAAGGGGAGAAGGUACUGGCAGAGGAAAGGGCCCUCGUAAACACUCAGGGCCGGGACGACGUGGAGAGGCACGUAAACCUCUAGGUCAUCCAGGGGGUGGGCAGAAUUGAAUGUUCCUCAGGACCUUCCUUCCUAAUUGGUUAAUGGCUCAUUGUGACUGACUGUCAGAUUCUCAUUUGGAAAUGACUUGGGGUGGAAUAUAAUGAUAUUUAAUGCCAUUGCUGACAAAUCAUUUCAUAAGCAGGCAUGCAUGUAUGCGACCACACUUGUGGAUGUCUGUCAUUUAUAAAAGGCACCAAAAUGAAUGCCUAAAGUAAUACUUCACCCAGAAAUAAUUCUCUUGUCAUUUACUCACCCUCCUGCCGUCUUAAACUCCAUAAAGUUUUGUCUAUACAAUGCAAGUCAGUGGGGUCCUAAACUUUCAAGCUCCAAAUAGGACAUAAAGGCAGCAUGAGAUUAAUCAAAGUCUUUCUAGCAAGUCAGUACACUAUUGGCCAUCUUUGGAACGUUCCCAGGAGGCUAUUUACAGUCAUGACAGUGCAGCUCCUAUCUACUUGAAUGGGGAAAGACAGAAAUCUCCAAAAUGGUUGGUCAAGAUUCCGAUCAUAGAACAUAUUUCAAAUCAGCAAUAAAAUUUGACAAUACUGGUAUCAUACAUUGUGAUCUUUUAACUCAGGUUACGCUUAAAAAAUGCAAUUUUCCCAGCUUGUAUAGCUAAUGCGCAUGUGCGUUCUAGAGUUGAUUGACAGGUCAUGUCUGUCUCUAAAAGGUGAUUGGCUCUUUUAACUGUAUUCCGGGACGUCCUUUCAUAAUCCACUGACUGUUGGGUGCUCCGAGCUCUUUGGUUGAGCUUUCCAAUUUCUCCCAUUCAUUUUAUAAGAAGUGGCCUAUCUCUGCGAAAUAAUCUCUGGAUUAAUCCAUACUACUCGAGCGGUUUAAACCAUGUCUUCUUCUGAAGUGAUACAAUAAUUUAGUGCAAAAACAAAGCAAAAAUUCAGUCCUUGUGUGCCAAAAACCUUCACUUCUGCCUAGCUCUCAUAUGCACAUUCAUAAGAGAAGCUCAUUCACUGGUGCUUGAAUCAUACGCACUUGCAUAUUCACGUAAGAACUGACACGGUGCAAUACAGCCAGAUGUUUUGGUGUGAACAUGACGGCACACAUGUUUUGGCUUGCUUUGUAUGGACAAAAAGAGCUGAAAUAUUGUUUAAAAAAAAAAAUUAUGUUCUGCAGAAUAAAAAAGUAAUACAAAUUUGUGACUUACUUGGUCUUUUGAACUUUUGGAGAACUAUUUAUUUAAAGGGGUAAGUAAUGUUAUUAAACAUCUGUGUAGAUAAAUAACUAAGUAAUGGCCCCUUAGAUUGGCUUCGUACUCCAAUGUUGAAAGUUUACGU